AGCCGCGGCCGGGGGCGGAACUACUUUCAGGAAAGUCGGGCGCGGGGCAGCGGCCGGCGCCCCGGGGAGGCGGUGCGGGUGGCGCCGCGCUCGCGGCCCGGUGUCCUGCGCUCUCCUCCCCCUCCCCUUCCCCGCGGGUAUUUUGGCUCAAGCCGCGGCGGCGGAAGGAGCUUGAAGUCAACGCUUCCGCCCGGCUUUCCUGCGAGGAGGCGGCGGCGGCGAGGGGCCGCGGCGCGGCGGCCGCUGAUGGAGUUGUUGCCGGGCGGGGAGCGCCGCGGCUGAACUUCCCGCGGGCCUUCUGCCGCCUUCCCCUCCCCUCCGCGCCGCGGCCGCGGGGGCUCCGCGCCGCGCCGCGCCGCGCCGGCCCGGCCCGGCCGCGUCCCUCCCCCCGCCGCCCCCUUCCCUCCUCGCACGAGCGGCCGUGACGCAUCCCGCGCCCCCCCGCCCCCGGGCUGGUUAAAACGCCUCCCCCCGCCGCCUCCCUCCCCCCGCCGCCAGCCUGCUCCGCGGGACCGGCGCUGCUCCCGCUGCAGCGCCCGGCGUCGCUGGAGGGCGGUGGGCAGGAGCGGCCGCGCCGCCGCCGAGGGACGCCGCGGAGGAGGCAGCCGCGCGGCGGAGGGACGCGGCGCCCGCGGGAGGCCUCGGCGCCCGGAGGGAUUCCCGCUGCUGCCCCCGCCCGCCGCGAGGGGCCGGGCGCCGCAGGGCGGCGGCGGGCGAUGAGCGGCGGCGGGCGGCGCAGCGCCCUGCGGCGGGCAGGCUGCCCCCGGCCGCGCCGCGCCGCGCCCCGCUAGGCUCCCGCCGCCGUCCCCGCGGGCCGGGAAACGCGCCCCGGCGCUGGACAACCGGAUCUGGUGUCUCCAGGACACCCCCCCCCCCCCCCCCGCGGCAGGGCGCCGCUCGCAUGCCGGCCUGGGCGGGCGGCUGCGGGGGCUCGACGAUGGUGAAGUUUCUGGUGAGUUCUGGCUGCGCCCUGGCUGCGUCGGUGCUGCUCCGUCUGCGCGUCGGACCGCGGUGAGGAGAAAAUGAGCGAAGAGACGGCGGCUUCUAACAACGAGCUGAAUGGUAAAUGCAUGCUGGGAAUGAUCUAGACUUUUUAUAAAUUUGUGUUAAGUGGCAAGAUUUGAAUUUGGUAUAUGGCUGCUUCAAUUCUAUGGCUGUGUACCUAAUAUCGACUGUUGCUUGAGGGACUCGAGAGUCCUGCCGUCCUUAAUCUUGAUGGCUGGAUGAGUAAUAGCUUUGACUGAGGAUGAUCUAAUUGUACUCACAUACUUGGACGAAGCUCUGGGACUCUGCGACUCUGCAAUAAUAGUUAUGCACGAGUGCGAGCUGUGGUGAUGACCCGGGAUGACUCAAGUGGUGGAUGGUUACCUCUUGGAGGGGGUGGACUAAGCUGUGUCACAGUCUUCAAAGUCAUUCACCAGGAAGAGAAUAGCUGUGCUGAUUUUCUUAUCCAUGGAGAACGACUCAGGGAUAAAACGGUGGUCUUGGAAUGCACAUUAAAGAAGGAUCUCGUUUACAACAAAGUUACUCCUACUUUUUACCACUGGAAGAUUGAUGACAAAAAGUUUGGCCUCACAUUUCAGAGUCCUGCUGAUGCAAGAGCAUUUGACAGAGGUAUUCGGAGAGCAGUAGAGGAUAUUUCUCAAGGUUAUCCACCCUCCCAAAAUGAUGUUGAAGUGGCAGAAGACUGCUUUCAAGCUACUCAAGAAAAUACUUCGAGUUCAUUAAUGAAAGAUCACCUUUUUCAACAUGAAACUGUAGUAACCAGUGAACCUUACAACAGUUCAAAUUUAAGGCCUUCGACAUUUGAGGAUUUCAACUCAAGGAGAGCAUGUUUUCCUAGCCAGCCUAACCAGGUCCCAUUGAAGUCAAUCAGACAUGUUAGUUUUCAGGAUGAAGAUGAAAUUGUUAGAAUAAACCCUCGUGAUAUUUUGAUACGUCGUUAUGCAGACUACAGGCAUCCUGACAUGUGGAAGAAUGACCUGGAGAGGGAUGAUGCAGACUCAAAUAUACCGUUUUCUAAAUCAGACAAUAAAAAAUCUGACUAUUUAUACCCAUGUGGGGAUGGAACUAAAUUGAAUUCCCUGAAAGACUCGAAGGGUUCUGUGGUAUUUAAAACUCAACCUUCCUCAUCAAAAUUUAAAAACUCAAAAAGAAGAAAAGAGGAUGGUGAGCGUUCCCGCUGUAUAUACUGCCAGGAAAGGUUUAAUCAUGAAGAUAAUGGCAGAGGAAAAUGUCAAGAUGCUCCGGAUCCUAUUAAAAGAUGUAUCUACCAAGUUAGUUGCAUGCUUUGCGCAGAGAGCAUGCUCUAUCACUGCAUGUCAGACUCUGAAGGAGAUUUUUCCGAUCCUUGCUCCUGUGACACUAGUGAUGACAAGUUCUGCUUACGCUGGUUAGCACUGGUAGCACUGUCAUUCAUUGCUCCAUGUAUGUGCUGCUACCUCCCCUUGAGAGCAUGCCAUCACUGUGGUGAGGUAUGUGGGUGCUGUGGAGGAAAGCAUAAAGCUGCAGGGUGAAUCAGUCUUGUGCCAAACAGAGCUGAAAAUCUUUGUUUCCAGGAAGCAUCUAACUUGGAUUUGUGAAAGCUUUUUCGGCAAGCUGAAGGGAAUCGUCUUUCACAUAAGAGAUGCUUGAUGUGGAAGAAGCGACAAGACUUGUCAGACCUUGGCAUUUUACAAGUGCUAGCCAUGCCUAACUAUUUCCUUUAGGUGCAUGGCGUUUGUUGCAAGUUGUGAAGGAGUUUUUGCAAAGGAAAGCCUAUUCUUAUUAUUGGCUAUAAAAUGAGUAUAUAAAUUACGAUUAUACUAAAAGGGAUUAACUUUUGCCACUUUGUACAUUCAUGGUUUAGGUGAAGGGGCUCUUUUAAAAGGAUUAAAACUUACCUGAGGGAAAAUUUUAACUAAAAGUGCACUAGUGACAGUUGAUUUAAGAUUAAGAAAAGUUAAUACUUGGCAAAUGAGAAAUGAAGCUGAUUUUAAGUGCAACUAAAUCACUUAUUAAUAGUUUUUUGGAAGCAACUUUAUGUAUAAAUAACAAAUGUUUAUAUUUAACUAAAUGUGUAAGGUACGAAUUAUUACAUGUUAAACUUUCCUUCCCUUUGUUAUAGUAGGUAUGGACCAUAUCUACUGUCACAUUCCAUGAUAGUAUUUUAAAUAUUUAAUUAGUUUUUAGUUGCAUUUUUAUUCCAGAUGGACAAAUUGAUAUUUUCAGUCCUGUUUCCCUUCAGCUACGGUUUGUGUUGAGUUGUAUCCAUACAUUCUGAUAAUCUAAAAACCUUUAAAAUGUUAAUUAUUCUAGCCUUGAGUGACCAAUAUUUUUUUUGUUAAGCACAGAUGUAAUUGUCUAAAAUGUUCUUGUUAGAACAUAACAUUUAUUUUUAUAUAUAAAUGACUUUGAUUUAAACGUAAUAGCAAAAAGGAAGUUGUUUCUGUUGCUCAACCAGCAAGUUGUUUUCUUUUGGGGUGUCCUCCAAAAAUGCUUUAUUAUGUAUACAAAUGUUCAUUAAGCAAAAGGUACAUUAAGGCAGUUGUAACAAGUUGUCAUCAGUGUUCUUGUUUAUCUUUCUGUUAAACUAGGAUCCUGUUCAGCUGUUUAUCAAGUACUAUGAUUAAAACGAAAGAUUAAUAACAAAAGUGAAAUUGUUUUCAUUAUUUUGAACUGCAACCUUUUCUUAUGUGAACAGGCAAGAACAAAACUACUGUGGGGUUUGUUUGGUUUUCUUUUUGUUUGAAAACAACAGUGAAAGACUUAGCUUGAGAAAUAAAUUACAGCUCAGGCAAAAUUGGAGUGAACUUCUUAACUGAGUGAAUUUGGAGGGAGGCUGGGAGGGAGAGAGAAUGAAUGUGUGUGUCUGUGGGGGGGGUUGUUUUAUUGUGUAUUUGUUAUGGCUUUGCAUUUACUAAAUGUUUAAUUUUCAGAUAAGAAUUAACAGAUUAAUCCCUAGCGAAUUAUUUUAAACAUUAUAUGCUUUGCUAUUUUGUGAAGUAAGAAACAUUUACUUCUCAUUAAAGAUAUGUAAAAUUCUAAUAAAGAUAGUCAUUCGUUCAUUAAGGAAAGUGCCUAUUUGGUAUCCUGGCUGGAGUGGGACAGACUGUUCUCAGUAUACCCUUGUUAUUAAACAAACGAAAGAACUAAUUGAUUUUAAAAGAUGCACAUGACUGACUUUUCUCAUCUCCUAUGCAUUUUUCAGUAUAUUUUGUGUAAUUUUUUAUUUCUGCAUGUAUCAAUGCCUUUAAUUUCUCUCUGUAGUCCAGGAGUAAAAUGAGCAAAUGUAUAUAACAUGUCUGUAAAAUACUUUUUAAAAGAAAACAUUUAUAUUUAUACUACAGCUUGAAUUGACCACAGUAUGUACAUAGAUCAUCUCAAACUAUUAUUUCACAUUGAAAAGAAGACAAAUAUAUUGAUAACUGUAGAAGUUACGAAAGAGCUUCUAGUUUUGUACUAAAAGUUGAUUGGAUGAAUUAAGUCCAAGAAUAUGAUGCUGUAGCAGCAGUCUUGGUUUUUACGGUUUAUAUAUUUGAAAGCUGCUACUCUGGUUGAUUUUCAUGCUUCACACAUUUUCAGCUAAAUUUGGUUACCUAGAAUAGACUGUUAACUUUAAAAACAACAUUGGUGAAAUGGGAAUGUUUUUUUUGUGAAUGAAAGAAAUUUAAUAUUUGUAAAUGAUAGGUUCAUAAUUCACAGUGAAGACAGAUAUGAGCAACCUAAGAAAAGAACUUGCUGGCUGUAUAGGAAAAUGCUGUAGAAUCAUAUUGUGUGUAUAUACUUCAGAAAGAAAUGAGUUUAACAAUUUCCUCUGAGCACUAUACAACAUAGCGAAACUCCUGGUCCUGUACUGUAUUUUAUAUGCAACAUAUAUGCGUUAAUAUUUUUAUUGAAUGUGUGCAUUAAUAUUUUCAAUUUGCAUUUAACCACUUUGCUGCUAAAAUGGUGUCUUCAUCUUUUGCUUUACUCUAAAGACUUCUAAGACUUCUGUCUAAAGACAUCUAAAAACGUUAAUGAAAUUACAUAUGUUUCCUUUUUCUUCCUGUGAUGGAACUUUGAGUCUGCAUGCCCAGUCUGAGUUAACUGAAGAACUGCAAUGAUACCUAGUUGCAUAAGAGUUGUUUUCAGUAGGAUGCACACACUUUUUUUCCUCACAUUAGGAAUCUUACUCACUUUCGCAGUUGUGAGGUGAGUAAUGAAAAGUGGACAUACAGCAACCCCAUUGUAGAACUGGCUCUUACAUCUUCUGUUUUUGACGGCAAGUAAAAUUUACUCUUUGUCUCUUCUGAAAUACUUUCUUAAGCUUUUGGAAAAGAGAAAUUCCUUCCCUAAUCCUUAUUCCUCCCCUCUUGCCAAACGUCAGAACUGUAGUUUUCAGGCAUGUAGUAGCAGAGCUUUGUGUUGCUUGAAGGGGAGACCCAAGCCUUGGGAAACCAUUGCUGAAUAUUAAUUCCCCAGUUUACUGAAAGCCUCAGUUACCAUGAAAAUUAUUUCCCCUUGAAAGGAAGGGGGGAAUAGAUCAGUGGUAGCCCUCGUGCACCAUCUACUGGGGAAAAAAAACACUCAGGCUUCAUUUAGGCAUAGUCUUGGAUUACAUAGUAAUUCACUUAACAGGCUAUUGGUGCAGUACUUGAGCUACAGAAAUAUAUUAAAUUUUAGCUAUGAAUCUACAAAACAGUAAUUUGGACUCUUACAGUGACUUUUAUUAUGCCUCUUAAAUGGUCAUGUUAAUUGAAAGUUAAAAUGUUUUAAUCGUAGGUUUUGUUAGGCUUAAAAUAGUACAAUGCUAUUACACGAGCAUAGAAAAUCAGAAAUGAAAUGAAAAUUCUUUUCAGUCUGUCACUGGACUCAUAAAUAUUAUUCUCUUAAAGUUCCUUCCAGUAGCAAAAGGGUGAUGUAUUGAUAUUUGUGCAGAAGGAAUCUAGCUUUUUGGUUUGUGAUACAAAUUAAGUUUGAAUGUGCACAGGUGUGUGUAUGUGCACCUGCACAUGCAAUCUGGCUGCUAUGAAGGGGUACACCUACAGCUGUGUGCAAGAUUAAAGCAAUAUUCUGAUGAUAACUUACAGUUACUAUGGUAACUGUUUAAUAAACAGCAGUAAAUGAUGGCAUAAAACUCAGAUUCCUUUCCAGAGCUCAUGUGAGGGAUGUUCCAAACAGGCUUAACUGAUGCAGUUUCCUCUUAAGCAAGUAUUUUGAAGGUAUUUUGCAGAAAGUCUUCAUUUUGCAUGUUAGAAUAUAACAUUCCCAUUUCAGAUGUGUUCUCUUCAGGAUGAUCUGUCCAUGUGUACCUGGAGGAUAAUGUUGAACUCCCAUGUAAAUAAUGCACAGUUUUUAAAUUAGACUGUAAAUCUUUCCAGAGCUAAUGGCACUGUAUGUGG